CCUCUCGCCGCAAUCUCACAAACAAUCAGGUCAGAUCAGGCACAUUUCCCAUCACCCUUCACUCUUCUAUCUGACUCACCAAAGGGUUCCUUUACCCUUGUCCUUCAUUUACCUCCUAAAUAUAUCGACUGCCGCACUACUGUUUACUAAAGAGUUCUCGGUCGCACAACCACGACAUCAAUUUCCUUUUCGCGACACCGAUUUUCUUCUUCUUUUUCGUUAGCACUCAAGCAGACUAUUUCACGGCGAGAAUUGACACCAUGGCGGAUCUUAACUCCUGGGAAGAUGACCCUGCCGCUCAGGACGACAAUUUGUCGAGACAGACUCAGCAGAUGAACCUGAACAACCAACCCCAAAACCCUGCCGCCGCAUCAUUCCGACCUGGUGCAACUUCCUUCCAACCCGGUGCCCAGACAUUCCAACCAGGCCAAGGCUACGGUGGUGGUUAUAUGCCAAAUUAUCAGCAAGGCUAUUAUGGAGGCCAGAACUACUAUCCCCAAUAUGGUGGAGCUCAGGGAGGUUUCCCUCAAUAUGGCCAAGGUCAAGGACAGGGACAGGGCCAGGGCCAGGGAUAUGGAAAUGUCUAUGGACAGGGCGGAUACAAUCAAGCUUAUAACCAACAGCAGCAGCAGCAACAAUACUAUCAGCAACAACCUCAAUCCCAACAGAAGCCCAAGCAACAACAACCCCAAACCGUGCCUACCAUUGCUAAGCGAGGCGACCAAACCGCGACACCCGCCGCUGCUCCUGCUGUCUCUACUGCGAAUGCGCCGAAGCCUGUUGCUAAACAAGAAGGAGGAACUAAAGUCUUAAGUAUAGGUGGUGAUCCUCCGAAGCCCAAGGCCGCUAAGGUCCUAUCAAUCGGUGUUCCGACACCCCCGAAAGACGAACCGAAGACCGAGAAGGAUGCAUCCGCAGAUGCUGGCUCGAAGAUGACAGCAUCAAAAGCCAUCGAAAAAACAGGCGAGUCCACCAAAUCGUCCAAGGCGUCGAGUGGCAAGACAUCGCCCACGCCAUCCUCUGGACGCUCGAGCCCUUCAAGAGCAAGCAAGAGCGCCGCGCGCGAUGCCGAUGCUGUUGCGAACGAACAGGCUGCCGAUGUCGACGAAGAUACAUUGAAGGAAAUUUAUGGUAAAGAACACAUGAACAUUAUCUUCAUUGGUCACGUCGAUGCUGGAAAAUCGACACUAGGUGGCUCGAUCCUAUACGUUACCGGCAUGGUUGACCAGCGUACAAUGGAUAAGUACAAGAGAGAAGCCAAGGACCUGGGCCGAGAGACAUGGUAUCUAUCGUGGGCUCUUGAUUUAACGAAUGAGGAACGGUCUAAGGGUAAAACCGUCGAAGUAGGAAGAGGAUUCUUCGAGACCGACAAGCGACGAUAUAGCAUUCUGGAUGCUCCCGGCCACAAGACAUACGUCCCAAGUAUGAUUGGAGGUGCUUCCCAGGCAGAUGUUGGUAUUCUGGUUAUCAGUGCGCGCAAAGGAGAGUAUGAGACCGGAUUCGAGAAAGGUGGACAGACCCGUGAACAUGCCAUGCUUGCCAAAACGCAAGGUGUCAACAAACUUGUUGUGGCUAUCAACAAGAUGGAUGACCCUACGGUCAACUGGUCGGAAGCCCGGUACAAGGAAUGCACAACGAAACUCGCGCAGUUCCUUAAGGGCACUGGGUAUAACCUGAAAACCGAUGUCUUUUUCAUGCCCAUCGCUGCUCAACAGACGAUGGGUAUCAAGGAUCGUAUCCCAGCGGGCGUAUGCCCCUGGUAUGACGGACCUUCUCUGCUCGAAUACCUCGAUAACAUGCAGGCUCUCGAGCGAAAGGUCAACGCGCCGUUCAUGAUGGCUAUCAGCGGAAAGUACCGAGAUAUGGGCACGAUGGUUGAAGGCAAGAUCGAAGCAGGCGUUUGCAAGAAAGGCAUGACAUUGAUUAUGAUGCCGAAUAAGGAGAAAGUUGACAUUGCGGCCCUCUAUGGCGAGACCGAAGACGAGAUCCAGGUUGCCCAAUGUGGUGACCAGGUCCGAAUACGACUCCGAGGUAUCGAAGAAGAUGAUAUCUCCGCCGGAUUUGUUCUCUGCUCCCCGAAACGUCUGGUUCAUAACGUCGCAGCUUUCGAGGCACAGAUCAGGAUCCUCGAACUGAAGAGCAUCCUCACUGCCGGCUUUAACUGCGUUUUGCACGUUCACUCCGCCGUUGAGGAGGUAACCUUCGCCGCGUUACUACACAAGUUGCAGAAAGGAACCGGCAGGAAGAGCAAGGCGCCACCAACGCAUGCGAAGAAGGGAGAUAGUAUCAUUGCUAAAAUGCAAAUUACAGGCGGCGCUGGUUCCGUCUGUAUCGAAAAAUUCGAAGACUAUCCUCAAAUGGGUCGUUUCACCUUAAGAGACCAGGGUCAAACAAUCGCCAUUGGCAAGAUCACGAAGCUUCUCACCGAAGAGUCUGGUUAAGGAAAACUGAGAACUACUAUUGAUGAAGCCAAGAGAGCAUCAAUAGCCGAUACGUUGCCUACUUCCCCUGAGAAAGGGAAAUGAGCUACAUUGGCGAAGUAGUAGCAAGUCGCUCAACUGCGAUGCUACUACUGAUGGAUGAUGCCACUUCUCCAUAGGCGAGAAUGUAGAAAUGCUAGCAGGGACAAGGAAUGGCAAAGAUAGACUUGACCAUCUCCAAUAAAAAGCCAUUCUUUCUCCUAAAUCAGAUGCUACUUUAUUAGCUCUCAAAUCAAAUGCGCCAAGUAAUCUUUUCUAGCACCCGUAAUCAGGCGUAUAAUGCAAACUCAGUCAAG